AUGGCAGUCAUCACAGAGACGACCCCCGCACAGUCCCUCUCUGCUUCGGUCGGCAAACUCAAGCUCAACGGGCAGGCCAAUGGAAACGGCCACGCUCACUCGAAUGGCAAUGGCCAUGCCAACGGCUCGGCCCAGGCGCAGGAGAAGGACGCCAAGCUCGUCGACCCCUUCAACUACGUCGGCGAAGUCAUGGGUGAUGUAGACCCAGACUACCCAUUCAAGGACCUCCUCCCACACAACCCCAAGCGUUCCCACCCCGACCCCGCCCUGCCCAUGUUUGACAUCACGGACCGAGGUCACUUUGCCGACCCAAACUGCGCCCGCCUUCGCCGCUUUGUCGAAUCCCGAGGAGGAACGAUCAGGGAGCUGGGUAUCUGCGUCGGGACUGUCAUUGAGGGAGAGAACGUCAAGUUGGGAGAGCUGAACGACGAUGAGAAGGAUGACCUUGCGCUCCUUGUCGCUCAGAAAGGCGUAGUCUUCUUCCGCGGACAACAAGACAUGACGAUUGAGUCUCAACGAGACCUCGGAGCACACUUUGGACCGCUGCACAAGCACGCGACUUAUGCGGUUCCCCGCAGAGCAGACCUGGACGAUGUCGUCGUCGUCUACUCUGACCGCAACUCCCGCCCAGACAUGUUCGCCUUCUCCCGCGCCGAGCUGUUCCACUCGGACGUGACAUACGAGCAGCAACCGCCAGGAGCGACUAUUUUGCGUCUGCUGGUCACCCCCGACGUCGGCAAUGACACCCUCUGGUCUUCUGGCUAUGCCGUCUACUCCUCCCUCUCUCCCUUCUACCAGAAAUACCUCGAAUCCCUCACCGCCCUCCACACCGGCUACAACCAAGCCGCCUCGCGAUCUGCGGUCCACACCGUCCCCCGCCGAGAGCCCAUCGAAACCGUCCACCCCGUCGUCCGCGUGCACCCAGUCACCGGCCUCAAAGCCGUGUUUGUCAACCCAGGCUUCGUCACCCGCCUCGUCGGUGUCCCCAAGGCCGAGUCCGACAACACCCUUGCCUUCCUCAAAGACUGCUUUGCGCAGCAGACGGACGCGACGGUCAAGUGGCAGUGGAAGGCUGGGGACGUGGCGAUCUGGGAUAACCGGGUCGUCAACCACUCGGCGACGUUCGAUGCGUACCCCAGUCUGAGGCACGGGCUGCGCGUGACCCCGCACGCGGAGAAGCCCAUCAGUGUGGAGGAGUAUGAGCGGGACGGCAAGGUCGCGAGGGACUGGUUGACGGAUCGGUUUGAGAGGUUGGGGAUUCAAGGGCCGAAGAAGGAUGAUGGCAAGACCAAGACCGGCGGGUUUAGGGAUUAG